GGCGCGCCCGGCGUGGCGGGCGGGCGGUGCAUUGUGCGCGCGGCGGGGCCGGGCCGGGGCCAUGGAGCGCUGGACCGGGCGCGUCGCUCUGGUCACCGGCGCCUCCGUGGGCAUCGGCGCGGCCGUGGCGCGGGCGCUGGUGCAGCACGGCAUGAAGGUGGUGGGGUGCGCUCGCAGCGUCGACAAGAUCGAGAAAUUGGCAGCUGAAUGCCAGAGUGCCGGCUAUCCAGGGACCCUCAUCCCGUACAAGUGUGACCUCUCCAACGAAGAGGAGAUCCUGUCAAUGUUCUCCGCCAUCAAGACCCUUCAUCAAGGAGUUGAUGUAUGCAUCAACAAUGCGGGGCUGGCUCGCCCGGAACCCUUGCUCUCGGGGAAGACGGAGGGCUGGCGGACAAUGAUAGAUGUCAAUGUGAUGGCUGUAAGCAUCUGCACCCGAGAGGCAUACCAGUCCAUGAAAGAGAGAAACAUCGAUGAUGGUCAUAUUAUUAACAUUAACAGUAUGAACGGUCACAGCGUUGUGCCGCAGUCGGUGGUGCAUUUUUACAGUGCCACCAAGUACGCAGUUACAGCCCUCACGGAGGGGCUGAGGCAAGAACUCCGAGAAGCAAAGACUCAUAUACGAGCUACAGAUGUGCUCUGCUUUUUUUCCAGUGUAUAUCACCAGGACUGGUGGAAACAGGAUUUGCUUUUAAACUUCAUGAUAAUGACCCUGAGAGAGCUGCUGCGACCUAUGAGAGCAUUCGGUGUCUCAAAGCUGAAGACAUGGCUAAUGCUGUCAUAUAUGUCCUCAGUGCCCCACCUCAUGUACAGAUUGCAGAUAUACAGAUGAGGCCCACGGAGCAAAUAUCAUAGCGAACGAAGAGGAUCGUGAGCAGCACCGUCUAUCCACUCCACUUCGAACCCUCUCACAAUUUAGGGUGUCGUCGGCUGGCUAGCAGCGUUUUAAUCGAGUACCAAGGAUCACGUUUGCAGAAUUAUUUUUCUCUCCCUCUCUCUGAGCUGGUGCCGGUGCUGAGCCAGUUUAAAGAAAAUAGUAGUGGGUCUCUUUCUCCCCCACUCCUUUCUGAAACUGCUUAAGAGUAAAAUGUAUUUGAAAAUAAUGCAGGGAAGUGGUUUGUGGAAGAUUGUUGUCCCCAGGCAGGUGUAUUCUUCCUUUAGCUUUUUUUUUCAAGGUUUGUUUCAAUCUUGUUUGCUGAUGCUGUGUCUGAACGUAGGUGAAGUGGUGCAAGUUGUUUGCCUGCUUCAGUGUGCUUAGGGUUGGAGAUUUUCAGUGGAUGUCAUACAUGAAUCCAUUUAAUUUUGGGGUUUAUUUUCAUCAGAUUUGAUUACUGAUGGUAAUGAUGCAUGUGAUAUUUUUCUACUUCUUUCAUACUCCACUGCGCUAGACCCAGUGUACAGUGUUCCUCACCUCCCCAAGCCCUCCUUUCCCAUUCACAUGAAUCAUGCCUGCCAAGUCUGAGGAAGUAUAAAUGUGUGUGCUUGCUAUUUCUCUUUCUUUCUAGGUAGGUAGGCAAAUAGUUGGAAGAAAAGUACCUGUACUUCUGCAGGUUAGAAUGAUCAUCUAAGUGGCAUAGUUACAGUAAGAGUGAGUUGUUUGGUGUUUUUAAUAAAAACUAAAUGUGUGCUGUCUUGUGAUCACUUCUAUCCUUGGUAUCAUCUCCCAGCACUCUUGAUGUUUUGUAUGUGAUGUUUGCAUGCAUUGACACUUUUCUGGAAAUAUUGAUCGGUCAUAGAAAGAUGUAUGGUGCUGUUUAAAUGCUGGUGCUGAUGAGCUGGAAAUGUUGGAAGUUUGUUUAUAUGCAGAGAUAUAAACUCGGAGAGAGAGAGAGAGAGAGAGAGAGAGAGUGAAAUGAACCAUGCCGAAGCUGUCCAGAAUGAAAAGAUGAUAGGAGGGGCAUUUGCCUACAAAGCAGCAGGUAAAAGGCCUGGUUCAGAUCUCGUACUAGUUCUGCGCUAGUGCAGCCACAUUGUUUUGCUCUGGAUUUAUUAUAACUUGAGGGAGAAGAGAAUUGGCCUCAAAGCUGCUGUGUGCAGAGCUGGAGCCCACUUGAGUUAUCUGAAGACUCUUGCAGUGUGGCAGAAACAGGUCUGUGUGUUGUCUGACGUGCUGCAGACCUAAGGAGCUGUUAAUGUACGUGUUGCCUUACCGUUGCAGAUUGGCUCCUGCUGCACUCUGGACUUUUCUGUAGGGUUUUGGAAGGUGAACUGUUGGUUUAGGGGGAGUAGGUACUGUCAGUUGGUCAGAGCGGAGGACUGGGAGCCAGAGAAACUUGGGUUGGAUUGUUUUACUUAUACCAGUAGAGCUCUAUGGGAGUUCAUGUGUGUUACAACACCAUAAGGGGAACAGAAUUGGGCCACUAUUUCAUGAGUUUCAACUCCCUGUAAAGCCUUGGGCAAGUCACUUUACCUCUCUGCCUCAGUUUCCCCAUCUGUAAAAUGGGGAUAAUAAUACUUACCUACCUCACAGGGGUGUUGUGAGGACUCACAAACUUUUGUAAAGCACUUUGAAUAUGGGGAGCGCUAUGUAAGUGCUGAGUGUUGAUAUGAAGUAUUAUUAUUAAUUAAAUCUUGUGAUACAUAGAAUUCCUUGUGCCAAAGGUGAGCAACUGUAGAAGGAUACAAGGAGAAAACUGGUAAAACAUGCCUUCAUAAUGGCAAAACAAAGGCAAUUUGCCCCUUUUUUUUCUCUUUAUAAAUACAUGCUCGUGGUGUGUUCUGUCCAUUCCUAUCUGUCACCGGUUUCUGUGGGCAAGCACACAUAACCUCGUCUCUGGGUUUAGCCUUUUAAUUUACUAUGAGUGAAAUUCAUGCCCUGUGGUGAAGUCUCGCGCCACUGUAGAGCACUGCCCUUCUCCACCUUGCCCAGGUGGCAGCUUUGUGUGGGUUCUUUGCAUAGAGCUGGGUUUCACCCAUGGCGUUUUUGUUAGAUCGUGUCACUGGAAGAGUGACCAGCCCAGGUCUGCAGGCAGCCAGUGAUCCUCAGCGCAGCAGAGAGCUUGCACCAGCUGGAAGAGCUCUUCAGUCUUCGUGCCACUGUUAUGCUUAAUUUGGAGGCACUUGGCUAAGGAAGGUUCAAGCACUACCGUGAUUUUUUGUGAUGCCCCUGUCAUGUUCAGCUAGACUUGAUAUGAAAAUUCCUGGCAUUUUCUGUAAAGUUUCUUUUGCAGGAGCUUGUUGAAAUUCAGCAGAUGCACUGUGUGCCAUCUUUUUAAGACGUGAUAGUUGAACUAGGAGUUGGAGGCAAAAAAGAAAAAAAAAGUUGAGAAAUUAGGAAAUUCUGAGCCAAAACAAAACAUGAGCAGGGAUGUGGAUAGCAUGGGUGAAACCCUCAAACUAGUGGUUACAGGUGUUUACAAAGUUCAGCAGAUGUUGAAAUUCACAGCUGAGGAGAGACCUAACUUAUCUCUCUGCUUUGCAAAAGGACUUUUAGAGAGAAUUGCUUAAGAUGCAGCGCCUUGAAAAAGGGCAAAUCUGGGCAGUUGCUCCCUCCAAAUAACAACCUGGCUGACCUGCAACCCUGGAAGUUUGCUUUUUUUUUUACCCCCGAAGAACAUUUGUAACAAUUGAAAGUCUAUAAAAUAACCUUGAAAUGAUAUUCCGUAUAUUUUUCCAUUUCAAAUGUGGUUUUCGGGUUUUGAAGUGCGGCCUGUGGAGGGGCUUGGCAUGGGUGGCUUGGCCGUUCUGCCUCGUGUAACCUGGUGGCACCUCGAGCCAUCUCCCUGGGAUGAGAUGGGAUCGGCAGCGCUACUCUGAGGCGUUUAAGAAACCCAAACGUCAGGGUAAACUGUGGAAUUCAUCUGUAGGUUUCUAAUUGUGAACUGUAAAAUAAAGAAUAAAAAGAGAGGCACACUGUUGUUCUUCUGUUGUGUGUAUAGUAGUUUUUAUGUUAAAACAUAGCAUCCUUUUUACUGUCCACAGCUAAGCUUUCUUUUGAGAAGGGUUCCAACAGAAAUGUGUGGGUUUGGUUCUUCAUGAGAAGAAACAUAAUUGCUUUCUAGAGCAGAAUAGCAUCCAGUUGUGUCACGGAUAACCUGUGGAGGUUGGACUCGUGUCCUCGUUCAAAUGAAGCCGCAGUCACUGAAAUCCCCAGGUAGGCUGCUGGGCACUGCUGAGUCUGACUGAACCGUGCAAGGGAUGAGCUGCUCUUGUUAUUCCAACGUGGAUAUUGAACUGUUUCAGUCUCUUGUGCUUGCCUCGAAGCAAGACAGAUUAUCGUUGUUAACUGAAGGCAUUUUUUCCCCAAUCCCCUUUCAGCUUGUCCAAGCGCACAGGCACAUUCCCGAGCUCAGCUUUGCCGUCGCUGAAAUACCAGGUUUUUGCAAAUAAGUAAUGGAACAGCUGACUUGGCUGCCAUUGCUGGGUUUGAGACGGAUAUUCUGGGUACCCUGUAAAUAGGUAGAGAGCAUUUGUAG